AUGCCACGCUCACCCUCGCUCUUCCCGCUGCUGCUGCUCCUGCUGCCGCCGCCGCUGGCCCCAGGCCUCGGGCUCCGCGCCACCGGCGGCCGCGCGGCGCGCGACGAGUGCGGCUGCUGCGUGCGCUGCCUGGGCGCCGAGGGCGCGAGCUGCGGGGGGCGGGCGGGCGCGCGCUGUGGCCCCGGCCUGGUGUGCGCCAGCCGCGCCGCGGGGGCGGCGCCCGAGGGUACCGGGCUCUGUGUGUGCGCGCAGCGCGGCGCCGUCUGCGGCUCCGACGGCCGCUCCUACCCCAGCAUCUGCGCGCUGCGCCUGCGCGUCCGGCACGCGCCCCGCCCGCACCCUGGCCACCUGCACAAGGCGCGCGAUGGCCCCUGCGAAUUUGCUCCUCUGGUCGUCACGCCACCCCGCAGUGUUCACAACGUCCCCGGGGCCCAGGUGAACCUGUCCUGUGAGGUGAGGGCUGUGCCCACCCCUGUCGUCACGUGGAGGAAGGUCACACAGUCUCCUGAGGGUACCCAGGUGCUGGAGGACCUGCCUGGGGACCACGUCAAUAUCGCUGUCCAGGUGCAAGGGGGCCCUUCUGACCACGAGGCCACAGCCUGGGUUUUGAUCAAGCCUCUGAGAAAGGAAGAUGAGGGAGUGUACUUGUGCUCUUCAGCCAACGCGGUUGGGGAGGCUCAGGCCCACGGCACGGUGACGGUUCUAGAUCUGAGUAAAUACACAGCCCCCCACCCCCCAGCUCCAGAUGACCGCAUGUGAUGGAGUCAGGGUCUUAGAAACGUUGAUGACAGGAUGUUGGAAGAGUCAAGUCAUGCAUCGUUUUCCUUGUGAAGAGUUGGAGAAACUGUGUUUGUAGAUGACUCCUUUUGUAUGUUUUUACAAAUUAGAUGCAAACUAGAUUCCUAUGCAGAUGUAGUUUUUAGCAGGGCAAGCAUUGGGAAACCAGACUGCAUGUGGCUUUUUUAUACUUUUGAAAGGAACUGCUCUGUGAGAAUUCUUUUUUAACCUAACCUCUCCCAGGGAAGGUCACCUGAUGGUAUGUUUGUAAUUCUAAAGGGCUGGAAAAAGAAGGCCUGAGUCAGC